AUGGAUCCGGCGGAAACAAACAUGAACGGUGUGCAUAAGGGCAGAAGAUUCAGCUUCACCAUCUCGCCCACCGCCACCUUGAUGUCCUGGGACUUGCCGAGAGAAGCCUCAAAGCAUCUGUGUGUAGCAAAUGUGGACACUCCCGCAAGCGCCAUGUUCCAUGCCCUCUGCAGGAAGGUCGGAGCCGGAGCCGGAGGUUUGGGGGGGUUGCUCCGCGCAGCGGACGACGAGAAGGCACAGGACAACCUCGACGGCGAGAAAGCGAAGCUACCACCUCCGAAGCCGGGCUCUGGCUGGAUCAAUGAUGUGGUUGCACGGGCCACGCAGCAUGAGAACGGAGCUUCCGAUUCGCUGUUGCAGCUGCUGCGGCCGCGGCUGCAGAGGCAGCUGCUGGACAGCAGAUUGCCCAGUUUCAACUACACACCGAUCGUGGAGGCCGUGAACUCCGAGAACCUGCAGAAGGAGCUCGAAGAGGUGGCGGUCAUCUUUUGGAAGACCGCUUCCAAGAAGUGCACGGAGGUUCAGGAGCCCCUCAGUCGCUUCCGUCAGCAGGUCGAGAGGAUCGUGGAGCUGAAGCGCCAGGCGGCACUUCUCAAGGAUGAAAGCGAAGCUAGCUGGCGCCGUCGCUUCAUCAUAGAAACACUGCAAGCUCAUCGCAUACUGGAGAACAGAGAAAGCUUGGAGUCGAAGCUGGAGAGGCAUCAAGACUUCUGGCCGAAGUAUCAUCAAGUCUGCCGGCAUUCGGAGGACCUGGCAGAGCUGGUGCCCUCUGCGGUGAUUGAGGCAGAGUUGGCGUCUGACACGAAGGAUUCGCCUUCGCGAUGCGCAGGUCGACUGCAGCAGUUGGACCGACCUGUCGUGAGACGAUGUUCCACGGAUGCAUCAUGGGUAUUCAUGUGUGAAGCAUGGAGUGAAUGCGGAAAGCCGAUGUGGAAUCGCGAAGGCGAUUGGCACUUUGGAUGCUUACCACACGUGAAUCAGAGCCUCUUCUGUUGUGGAGAUGAACUGGUAGAGCUCAGGGAGCACGUGGAAAGAGUUCUCGCGUAUCGCAAGAGGGCGUUAAACGAUGCUGCAGAUCAAAUGGAUGAAUUAACUUCACCACAACAAACGGCAACCUUUUUCGAAGCAGAUGCCGGCGGGGCCUUGAAGUACUUGAGGUAUGCAUUCGACGAGGCACGAGUACUAGCAAUAGGUGGACUGGAGGUUUUGAGGUUUGGCCUUCAAGAUAUUUCCUGCCAGCUCUGCUGGGCAUCGGAGGUCUUGCGAUCUGACCAGAUUGCCCGGGUUUUCAGGCGUGAUUUAGAAGCUGUGAUGCAGCGCAUGGGCCAAUUGCGAGCGGGCAUGCCUGCUUGGACACCAGGCAUGCCCAGUUUUUGGAAGAGCGCCAUCAAUAGCACCGCUUUCGCAGUGGAUGUUUCGGUACGUCCCGGUGGCUUUUUCGCGCUGCACCAAUGGGCGGAGUCGAUUGCGAUGGCUUUAACGGCACCAGCCGGUGAGUUCCAGGCUUUAACAUUUGUCUUGCAGCAUCACGGAAAACGACUGCCAAUUGCUGAAGUCGAGCAGUCGGUAAGUGCUCGCAUUCCCGACAUCCCUGUGCCACGCUCUGUGGAGACUCCUCGUGCUGCAGUUCUUGUUCGUGGGUGUAGCUCGUUAUCGUUUCCCAAGCUCGAUAUCGUCACAGUAGGUAAAGAAGACUGUGCGAGUAUUUGGCGCAAGUUUGAUUACGGCUUCGAGCCAACAUCAGUCAUGUUGCCAGCAUCUUCAAUCCGACUUUUUGCAAACACAAUACCAUCACCGAUACAACUGGAACGUGUAUCGGGCCUUCUUGGACACCCAGGCACGACACGGACGGCACUUCCUGACGGAUUUUCACUCGCCCCUGUCAUGCCCAACUUCGAUGCGAGGCUGCUGGAAUCAUCUAACACUAGCAAUGGCAGCAGCAAGGUGCUGGUCUUUGUAUGUUUGCACACGACUUUCUGCGGUGGGCACGGAGAUCGUUUGUUCGGACUGCUGUCCGCCUUCUUAGCCGCCACGCUGUCAAAGCGAAUCUUUUACAUCGACAUGCGUGCACCAAUACUAUUGGCCAGCGUGCUGUCUCCUAAACAAUCGUGGCCUGCAGUCACAUCGUCCUGCAAGACUUACCGAUGGACAUCAGCAGAGGAUCCAAAAACUUUCGAGCAGGAUGUGUCCCGCUUCUUCCAGGAUGACUCUGAAACACUUUGCAUAGUUUCCAACGUCAGACUUCUUCGUGUUCUGUUGCGACAUGACAGUUCCAAAGAGUUUGCCCGCUCGGGGCUUCUGUCGGGUUUGUUUCUUCACUUGUUUGACUUGGCAGCAGCACCCGGUGCGAUCGUCAAGGACUUUAUCCGCAGGCUCGGCAGCCGGCCGCUCAUUGGAAUUCAUUUCCGCGCUGGGAACGAAACCACAUGGUCAGAUCCUGCAAGGCAUUCGCUUUCAGAUCUCGAUCUAGCAUUGACCUGUGCUGCAGCAGUUGAAUCCCAUAUGGCACUACCAGGAGACACGGCAUGGUUGCUAGCUGCAGAUACCCUGAAGGUGCGCAACCAUCCAGGUGUGUCAAGUUUUCACUCAGUGGGCAAGGUGUUGUAUGUUGAGGAGAGGCCGACACACAUCGACAGAUCGUCUCCAGAUGUGGAUGCUAUUUACCAGUCAUGGGCUGUAUGGUGGAUCCUGGCGUUUGAAACGGAGGCUUUGUUGCUUUCUCAUUCCAACUUCGGUUGGAGUGCUGCAGAGAUUGGCCAGCGUCGAUCGUUUCACUUUCCUUCCUGCCGGCCAGCAGACGUCACCAGACAGCGUGACAAAAAAAGCAUCGCGCGGUCAAAAGCACAGGAGCAGGGCCGGCCGCUGCACGCGCUCCCCGACUGCUUUCCAGUCAUGUUCAGUAAGCCUAAAGCCGAGCUGGAGCACGAAGACAUCUUGAGUUCCCGGGGUGAGUUUUAUGAGUCGCAGGGCAUUUGCCCAGGUGACACUGUUCCGUUUACAUGGAUCGCCCAGCUUUCAAGCAGCCCCUUCCUCCCUCGCCCCGCAGCCCCAGCACUUGUGCCGCCUGCCUCAGCGCACGCGAGCGUUGAACUGACAGCGGUCUACUUUUGCAGCACACGGAGGACCUUUGCUAAAUCAGUCUCGUCUGGCUACUUUCCAAGCAACACGGAUAGGAGCCUCAACUGGGCAAAGGAGGCCAAUCAAGGACAGCUCAAUACUGUCAGUCUUCCACCGCUGCCCAGCUACAGCGUCGUGCAACUUUGGCUGUUCCAGGCCUUGAAGCCAGCUGAUCUGCUCAAGGCUGGGCAGACCUUGGCCUCGGAAGCAUCGGAUACGAAACCAGGCAUCGGAGAUUUGUCAGAGUGCCGAGCUGUUCCGAUCUUCUCAUCACCCGGCAGGGCCGCGAAAGAAGGAAGGCCACGCUUUAAUGCUUUCGUGAUGGUCCACACCUGGAAAUACUGCAGUGCGCAGGUGCCGGAGGCCGUCCGUCAGGGGCAAGCCCUCCGUGCCAGAUGUGUCUCCAGUGCUCAAAAGGCCGCCUGUGGGACCGUGAUAAGAUGCAUUCGCUCCGCAAUGAUUAAUUUUGUUUUGCACGUUGCCUCCCUUCCAGCGCUGUUGGGACUCCACGUCUAUGCUGUAUCUUCAGGCCUUCAGGUUUGCGAGAAUCAGAAAGUGCUGCCAAGGCCAGCGCCAAUACUGACAGGCCACUCUUCCAAGCUCGAUGCACGGCAUCAGGGCCUCACAGAUGACGAGCUGGAAGCGAGCCGCGUCGCCAUCGCUGCUCUCUCCAAGGUCGAGUCAGUCGACCUAGAGGGCAAUGCCCAGCUCACGGAUGACGCAGUUGCCAAGUUUCUCGUGUCCUUAGGCAAAGGCCCUGGCCAUACACUGACUUUCCUCAGCUUGAAAGGAUGCACGGGAACUUCCUUCCUCACUGUCAGCUCUAUGCUGAAGCUGAUCGAGGGCCAGUCGCCAGCUUUCGACGCACUCCAACAUUUGGACCUAAGUGGCCUCAAGUUUGGAAUGCAGGCUCUUGGCAAUUUCUGUGAUCUGGCGGGACGGCAUCCAGCUCUGCAGACACUUCUUCUCGCUGACGUCGGACUUGGCGCAACAGGUGCCUCCGUCUCAUCCCGAUGGAUUCACAAUUUGCUGGCAAGUCAGACUCUUCGAGAGCUUGACUUGGGCUGGAAUCUCCUGGACUCAGAG